CAUAUCCCCCCCUGUGUCUCUUCCACUCAUGAAAGAGAUCAACAUACUUGCAGAGUGCCUCCACCUUGGCAGCUUCUCCAUCUUGGCAUUCUCUCCAUCAUCUUGGCAUCCCAUCCCAGGCCAAGGCUUAAAUGGACGACUUCUUCAGACCGCCCAUCGUGCUCAUCCACGGGCUGUGGAUGACCCCUCUGUCCUGGGAGCGCUGGAUUCCCUUCUUCCAAAAGAGAGGCUUCGAGGUGCACGCGCCCGGUUGGCCCGGGGUCGACGGCCGGACCGAGGAGGAGAUCCGCUCCGAUCCGAAGCCCCUCGCCCUCCACCGCAUCCAAGACAUCGUGGACCACUACGAGGCCUACAUCCGCAAGCUGCCGGAAGCCCCCAUCAUCAUAGGCCACUCGUUCGGCGGCCUCUUCGCCCAGAUCCUCCUGUCCCGCGGCGUCGGCGCCCUUGGCGUCGCCGUCUGCCCCGCGCAGCCGGCGGGCAUCGUCUACAUCUCGCCCAGCACCGUCCGGGCCGCCAUGCCCGUCUUCGCCCACCCGCUGCACUCCGACGCCACCGUCCCCAUCUCCGAGAGCCACUUCCGCUACUGCUUCGGCAACCUCCUGUCGGCCGCCGAGAGCAAGGCCCAGUGGGCCAGGUACUGCAUCCCCGCGGACUCCCGCGUGCUCUGGCAGCUGGCCACCAGCGUCACGGCCGGGCAGGCGGCGCCCAACUACGUGCGGUUCGACAAGCCCGACCGGGCCCCGCUGCUGCUCAUCGCGGCCUCCAAGGACCACAUCGUCACCGCCAGAACCGUCAAGGAGGAGUACAAAGCGUACAAGGGACGGGCCGUCGUGCAGUUCAAGGAAUUUGAGGGCCGCAGCCACGGACUCUUGUUCCAGGAGGGCUGGGAAGACGUCGCAAGUUAUGUCCUCGAAUUUAUAGAAAGCCACAUCUCUUGAGCGUCUCGGGGUUUGGGGGUAUGGAUUUUCCACUUUGUAUGUGCGUGUAUACUAGAUCAGUCCACAGGCUGGUAAUUCGGGGGUGAUUUCUCACCAUGAUCAUGAAGAGCCCCCAGUUUUUUCGAAGGGAUACCAUUAUAAUACACAGACUCU